AUGCGGUCGGGCGGCACACGAUGCGACGUCGCAACUCUCCACCGCCCACGCACUUUCCUCAUCUUUCUCCUGUUUCUGGUGGGAUGCGUACAGGUUUGCACCUCUUUUUUUUUGGGCGGGAAUCAAAGGAGCAGAGAACCCUGUGUCUGUCCGAGUCUCGUGGCCUAGGAGUUUUCUAGGCCACGGCCACAACUUUGAAAAACUCGGACGGUUCCCUGCUUCUUCAACUUCAUCUAUUACCCAUCCUCCCAGCCAUUUUCAGCCUUCGACGCCUCUGACGUGUCUCACGUGCAUGUACACCUCCUCGACGACCCAAUUGGACAAUUUCCGAGUGUCGACGCGUCUCGCCCGACCGCAAUGCGCAAUGGAGCCGAUAAAGUGCGAUCGCGAUCAGGACGUGUGUGUUACGAUCACAAUGCACGUCGGUACGGCUUUUAUUAAGAUGCAAAUAUGUAUAUAUAUACGCAUUCGUUGCGUUUUUUUCUCGAGUAGAACAUAAGAGAGAACACAACAAAAAUAUGAGAGAAAAAAUAAAUGGGCGAAAAUUUGCAUUGAUAUUGGCAUUUUCUUUUUUCGUGGAAUCGUGGCGACUAGUAGUGGGCUAGUAGAACCUGGAAAAUAUAUGAAUUUGCAGGCGGUGGCGAUUAUUGGAUGGGCGCCGGUUGCGAUCGUCGCAUCAAUUUCCAGCACAUGAGCUGUCAGAAUGUGCGCACCAUGUCCAGAAAUGUGCAAUUAGGUAGGAAUCGAGCAAGAAUCGCAAUGAUGGCCCAAAAUCCCUCAAAAACCAGUUCAAACUAUCAAAAAAUUCGGCACAAAAACUCUGAAUUUGAGAGUUUCAACUCGUUUUUGAUGAAUUUCUCUGAAACUUCAACAAAAAGUCAGUAAAAACCUCCGAGGAUUUUUUGCAGGAUACGUACAGGAACGUCGCGCAAUGCAACGAGUGUGCGUAUGUGCCCGUGACUUGUGCAACUUCUCGACCCACCCGCAUAUUCCUCUACUCUUCCUGAUUCUCCUACUCGCAUUCCGAUCAUAG